AUGUGUGAAUAUGAAGAAGGUGAAGAGUUGCGUUAUCUGCCUUGUUUGCAUACAUAUCAUCGUAUUUGUAUUGAUGAUUGGUUAAUGCGUGCAUUAACAUGUCCUUCAUGUUUAGAAGAGAUACGUCCUAACUCACCAAUCAAAAUUCAUUCUACCACUACUACUACUGCUAUUAACAAUAAUACUAAUAAUAAUAAUAAUAAUAAUAAUAAUACUGAAUCAGUAGAGAAUACUACUGUUACACAAUCAACUGAACAUUCAUGUCAACAAUCACAACCACAACAACAACCACAUGAUAGUCAACCAACCAAUGAAUUCCAUCGACGAACUCAUAUAAUAGAACGACGUUCUAGAAAUAUGCAGUCGUCAACUGUAUGCAGAGGAGAUACAGAUACAAUACAACAAUUUAUUUCGGAACGAUUAAAACCUUCCACAAAUAAUAACAACAAUAGUAGUAAUAAUAAUAAUAAUAGUGGUACUCAUACUAGUAGACGUCGUUAUCAUCCUCAACAACAACAUCCACCAUCAAAUCGACGUACACGUUCGAGCGGUCCCAGUAGACGACCCUGUUCUAUGAAUGCAUUCAAUACAAUUUUAUCGUAUAAUUAUCGUCGUGGUCAUAGUGUCACAGCGAUUGAUACACUUCAGUCAAAUUGUACAACAACUAACAAUCAAUGA